AUGUCGUUUACUACUCCCUACAGCCCAGGCGCUUUAUCAACGCCGGGCAAGUCUCGGAGUAUCAGCUCGAACAUGUCUACGACACCAGCUGGAGUUCCGCCUUCAUCGGCGGCCUCAUUUACGCCUGCAGGACCUCCGCCAUCUUCUGUGUUUGGAAGCUCACAGCCAGGUACCCGGAGAUCUUUGAACUUCUCUGACAGCCGGUUCGACCAGUCGACCAAUUCCCAAGCAGACCGCGAUCGAGAGCUUUUGUCCUUCUCUACUACCUCAUCCAAUUUCCCGAUCGAUUCUCCUUCCUCCAGCUAUCUGUCGCAAAGACACGCCAAGUCACCCCUUCACAACGAAUUUAGAUCUAUACUCAGCAAGGGCAAGGGAACGAGAGGACCAUUCGAUUCAAGCCGACACAUACCAAUGUCUCAAGACGACGAGCCUGGUGCCACAAAUGGACGCGAGCCCGAAGUCAAUGGGAUUGGAUGGUCACCAAGUAAGGAUGGCGGUCCUUUCAGCAACUCACUUUUCCCGCCAGCCGCCAAAACUCAACAUUCCCGCCUAUUGCGAAAACCAUUGAUAUACUCGAAUCCAACUAGCGCAAAGCGCGCAAAACUCGAUGAAAGCUGGAUACAGUCAGCACCUCCAGGCGACGACCAACCUCCUAAGCAGAAGAAGGACUCCAACUUCCCGUCAAUUAUUAAGGACCUUGCUGCAAGAGCAAGCCUGGCCUCGGUAGACGAACCGAGUGAACUGUUGCUGGGUAUGGAGGACGCCAUAUGCCGCAUGUACGACCAAGUUCGUGAUCGGAAUUCGGAUGAUGACAUUGUCGACUCAAGUCUUUCAGCUGUAUCUGAAGAGCUUUCGUCCUUGUGGCAGAGGUACUCUCCAGGCGCAAUGGAAGAAAAAGACGGCAUUCCUCGAACUGGUGGAAUUGGACCCGGCGAGUCAUCACCAGCUAUUAUGAAGGCUGUAUUCUUGAGUUCAUUGCUACUACAGCUUCACCACCCUCCGUUGCUUGACUCAAAGCUCAAGGAUUCCAAAUCGACUCGUAGUGUGUUCCGCGAUCUAGUGAUGAGAGAUGAGCCUCUACCAAAGCUACCCAUACCUAAAGUGCUAUUCAACUGGUUAUGGCGGCACCACAGCUCGGAGACCGUCCGUUUGGAAAUGCUACAGGACAUUCAACCCAAUCCCACCGCCUCUCCCAUGUUCUGGAAUUUUAUCCUCAAAGCUGUAAUGCACGCGAAGUUUCAAGAUGCGAUAACACUCUUAAGCGAGGCGGACUUCAACCAUGCUAGGACCGCGAUGGAGGAUGGAUAUGAGCAGCCAGGAUAUCAUGGGUCGCAACUACAAAAUAUCCAGCAGUGUGUGAAUAAAGCGCUUCAACUCCUUAAAACGUGUCCGGCUGUCCAGCGCGAAGAUUGGGAUAUCAAGGGGGUAGAAUGGACCAUGUUUAGGAAACAGCUAAACGCUGCAAUUUUAGAGCUUGAAGACAUGGCCGAGAGCGGUGGCCGUGCACAGUCUCCUGAGGACGAUGAUGACGGAUCCUUCGUCGCCUCACACUUCGGCAUUUCACGUCAACGUCCGGAUUCUCUAUCGUUUAGUCACAGUGCACGUAUGGCAGAGAGCCGAAUCCCUUGGUCAGUCUAUCAAAAUAUCAAAGCCAUGUACAAUAUCAUGUCCGGUGAUGUGGAGAACAUAUUGAAUCGCUCCGAAGAUUGGGUCGAAGCCACUAUCUCCCUCACUGCAUGGUGGGAUGGUGAUGAUGAUAGCGAUGUUUCGAUGGGUGGAAAAAGGAAAGCCUCGAUAAAGCGCCGCUCUCAGGCACCGCGGGCUGUCGACUCCAACAUUGAGGAGUCAUAUCUACGACGCCUCGACUAUGCUUACAGCUCGGUCACCGAUACACUGGGCUCUGACGGCUUCCAAAUUAACUCGAUGAACCCUUGUGAGGUUGGUCUGGCCGCUGUAUGUGAAGGGAAUGUCGAAAGCGUGCUUAGGCUUUUGCAGACUUGGUCUCUUGCUGUAAGUGCUGCGACAGCUGAAAUCGCAAAUUUCGGCGGCUGGCUUGCUGCGUCAGCAGGAUCUGAACCAAUGCGUGGAUUCAAUGAAAGCGACCUCAUGGUUCUCAGCUAUGGGCAACCUGAAAAACCACUUCAAAAGGAUGAUAUUCUCAUCAACUACGCGAAUGGCGUAUUUUUACGGGAUCGUCUUGGAGGCCCAGGGGCUAGAGAAGGAUGGGAACUCUCCUUGGAGAUGCUGAGUCGCCUCGAUGACCAGGAGGUAAUGAGAACCAAGGUGAGAGAGUUGAUGGACAAGGUAUCUCUAGAUACGGCCGAUGAAAUGGACAAGGCUGUGGUGCUAUGCGCGGAGGUUGGUUUUAGUGAAGAAGGCCGACGUGUCUCAGAGCGAUAUGGUGAUCAAGUGGCGGAAUCAUCUGAAAAUUAUGGAACUGCCCUUAUUUGCUAUGCCCGGGCUCAUUGUUCCAGAAAGAUUAAGAAUGUGAUCGACCUUCUCACAUCCUUCUGUUUAAUACAAUCCAGGGCAUAUCCUGCCAAGGGUCAGCUGGAUGAUCAGCUCCGUUCACUUCUCUAUGAUCCCUCUACCGCAUUGUCUGCCAUUGCAUCGGUGGACUCGGAAGGGGCCGCAAUGCUCCAGUUUUACUUUAGCAGCUAUGCCACGUUGCGAUCUUAUUACGAAAUUCGGGACGAGGAGGCCAAUCCUAGUUCAGGCCAGACGCCUAAACAUCGUCCGCUAGCGCGGAAACGAGAAGCUGCUGGGGCCCUUGUGGCUGUUAUCCGAAGUGCGGCUGAUAGUAUCUAUGGCGGACUGUACGACCAGGACAGGCAGUCCGCAGCCCAGGUUGACGGGUUACUGGUCUUACUUGGCGAAGCGCUAGCGCUCCUCGAUCCUGAUCCAAAUCACUUCCUGAACAUCGAUCAACAACUCACUAUACUUGCCGCAAUUGAGGACCUCCAGACCGUUACAAAACGGGUGUAUGAGCAGUGUGAGGCAUGCCUUCAGUCAGCUCUAUACCACCAUUUGCAUUUCGACGAGAGCAACAAAACGGGCACCAGCAACUCAUUCACUGAUGUUGGGUCGUCGAUGUCUGCAUCGUUCUUCGCCAUGUCGCCCCAAAAACUGCUAAAGAAAUCCAUCUCAUCGACGACCUUGACGAGCGGGUUCUCCCUCAUUGGCAGCGAGAUGCUGGAAGGCUCGCAGACGAUCGGCGGAUCUAGGGAGAUGGGUGAUUCUGGCGUUCUUGUUCCUAAAUCAGGAGCUCCCGGCAAUAGAAACAAGGUCAAGGCCAAGGGCAAGCAAACCGAAAGCGAACAGAUUCAUCGCGGGUGGGACUGGAGAGAGAAGGCUCCCGACGGUGUCAAGGGGGAAGACAUCUUAAGGAAGCUGAGACUAUUGCUUGCUCACGGAAUGGCCUUUGGUGCAUUGGAUGGGGUAUGA